AUGGCUACUCUGGGCGGAUAUCUUAACAAAAAGGUCCUGAUUGUCACAGCCGACUCUCGCAUUCUAGUCGGCACAAUGGCAGCAUGUGAUCAAACAACCAACCUGGUUUUGAAUAACGCUGUGGAACGAAUCAUCCGAACGCCCGACGACUCUGAGCCCUCAGCUCAAGUGCCCCUGGGACUUUACCUCGUGCGCGGUGACAACGUAUGCUCGAUUGGCCUCGUAGAUGAGGCGCUCGACGAUAGCAUCAACUGGACAGAAGUCAAGGGUUCAGCGAUUGGCGGUAUAAAACAUGUAUAG